UGAAGGCGUCCCCGGCUCCGAGGGGGUGUAGCUAACGCGGCUUCUCAGGAGCCACUUUAGCCGCCUGAGGGAGAGGAGGGCAGCCGAACCGCGGAGCUCACCGACAGUUGAGGUUAUUUUAGAGAGGGGUGAAAUGGAGAAAGGCAGGAGAGGAUCAGGUGCGCUGUGAAGGUUAGACACCUUGUUUGUGUGUGUGUGUGCGUGUACGUGUGUGUUAGCUUCUGCUGCUAUAGCGACGCUCGCGCUUCACUCUUGUAACGGUCGCCUCUCGCGCGCAGCCUAUGCUCGACACGCUAAUGGCGAACAUGGCCAGUCUGAAGGCGCUCGACGAGCCGUUUGGGAGAAUCACCUCUGAACCGGUUGAGGACACUGAUCCCAGCAGCUUCAUUACAGAUAUGUCUCUGAAGUCAAACUACCCUGUUCAAGUCACUGAUCCACAAGAUAACGUGACUCUGCAGCUCAGUUCGGUGCCCCCUGGAUACCUCACACCUCCCAUGGAUCGAAUACAGCAGCCAGUUGAAAAUGAUGCAAGUGAAUUUAUCUGUCCAGGAUCCAUUACUCCAGACUUCACCAAAGACCUCCUGUCCAGCUCCUGCGAGAAGUGCCUAUGCUCCAUUCCUCCGCCCAAAAUCAGCGACCUGCUGGACGACGAAGACCUUCUCUACUCUCUACGUCUGAAGCUGGACCCGACGCACUGCACUAUCAAGAACUGGAAGAACUUUGCCAGCCGCUGGGGCAUGAGCUACGACGAGCUAACGCUGCUGGAGCAGCGGACACACGGCUCCACGUACAACAGCCCCACGCAGGAAUUCCUGCUCCGCUACAGCCAGAAACCCGUCACGGAGCUCACCCAGCUCUGCCAGUUCUACCAACGCAUUGAUGUACUGAGGCUGCUCCAGCAGUGGGUGGAGAAUGACUGGCCUUCACGCUGGAGGAGAUCACAUUAGCUGAGGUUCAACAAACGCGAUGCCCGCACAGCUACUGAGAGAAGGACAUAUGGACAUAUGACUCUCUAUGACUACUGAUGGCAGUAGGGAGGCGUAUCAGGAACAGAACACAUUCUGGUCCAAUAUGAAAAUGCUGCAGUCUUCCUGGAUUUCGCCCUAGACUUUUGAACUGUCUGCUCGUAUUAUAUGAUCUGAAUUUUUGUCUUUUUCAAAGGAGCCAUGCUUUGGCAACACAUGGGAGGAUGUUUUUAAAGGAAAUGUCUUAAAAGAAGCAUUCUAUGCAAAUAAUACUCUUCAAUAAUUUAAUCAAUAAAUUGGGAGUAAUUUAACCAACAUUACCCAUCCAUCUGUGCCAGACAAGUAAAUGGCCAGUUAUGGUGAAGAAAAAUGACAGUGGGUAAAAGAUAUUUUCCUUUCUUUGCACCCUCCAUUUUUGCUGCUGAGAUCUGAGAUUUACACAUAAAAGCGGCAGUCACUUCCAUAUUUCAGAGCUUUUUUAAAAAAUCAGGACCUUGAAUACAGUUUCUGGGCUUGGAUUCUGCAGUGACUGGUGGCUAUGACACUAGGUGGCCAAUCAGUCGCAGUCAGUUCAGUUGACUACCAGUAACAACAAAAUACAGGACCAGAAACUGCAUUAAAGGCUAAAAUCCACUAAACCUCAUGUUAACUGUGCAAAGAGCCUUCAGCUACUAACCUCCCACUUACCACUUGAAGGGGAAAGAGCUUUAGGUUAUUUUCCACUUGGACACGUUGUUCUGAUCAUAUCAUGAUCAGUCAGAAGUUUCAACUCCUGCCAUUUUUGAGGGUCUCUGGCACCAGACAGGAAAGUGUGUUCUACAAAUAGUAGUACAUGACAGGGCUGCAAACAUUAAAAACCUUAGUGAUUUUAGAGACUUUUGACUUGAUUAUAAUUUACUGAAACCUAGAUUUGGAAAAAAAAUAUAAACAGUGUUUCCAGUUGAGUGAAUGGCGAAAACUCAUAUCCUUAAUCAGGACUGUGUGGGCGAUUCAGCGCACAGUGAUGGACGCUGUAGCCACUGCAACCUAUACAGACCUGCUGCUGCCGGCUUUUUCCGUGUGUUAAGCUUUUAUUUUCUGGCAGAGGUCAGAAUUAGAAUUUGUGUGAGAUUUUAGAUCAUAAAGGCAACAUGAGCUUUUGUUGACCAGCCAAAAAACUUGCACACCAAACAGAGUCACACUCAGCUGGGACAGUAGAACAGUCGUUCCACUGGUAGCCGGUCCGGGUCAACUAAAAGGUCUAUGGUUUGCGUGAGUAGAGCUGUGGAAAGACGCAUCAGCUGAAAAGUCUAGCCUAAUUUUGAUUGGUCAGAAGGACACUUGCCACGUUGUCCCGCCCAAGUGCCUAACGUUGCUCUUGUCAGAAAUACUUUAGACAACCAGGUUUAAAGGCUGAAAAAAUUCAAUCUCUGAACAAUUUGAACUGUACUAUGUUCUCCUGAACUGAUUAUUGUUUCAUGACAGACUAUGAAGUUAUUGAGUAACAUCAUUCAGUGAAGCUCUUAAUAUUUCCAGGAAUCUUCAUGCCAGUCUUGAGGAUUCUGUAUUCUAGUUUCUUUAGUUCAGGUGUAAGCCUGACAUUUAGUGUGAACUGCUGGUGGAACCACUGCCUUGUUUUACUCGAGAGAUGCAACCACUUUUAAAGAAGCACUGAACUGCUGAUGGAAAGGAAAGUUGGCUUUCGCUGGGGAUGCCCAAAGUAGACAUUGGAGAUCCCCAGGCUAAUCCAUCUUCUUUUGUUUUCAGACUGAUUUUAAAUGUCAUUUACCUUCAUAGUCAUAUUGUAUGGUUGCAAGGACAAGACUGUGGAGUAUGUGUACGUCACACAGUGGGUGUGAGUGGGUUUGAGGGGUGUGUGAGUGCUGGAUAUCUCUUCUGUUAUCCAUAUUCAUAAAUAAAUUAGUUGAUGAUGUAAAGCAACGAGUUGUCAUUGAUAAACAGACAUCAUUUGACUUACAGAUGAGAUCAAGAAGCAGAUCGAUGAGCUACUGUACAAUUCUUCAUGAACCUUUCAUGAAAUUGAGCCUAUAUUAAUAUACUACAUAAACCACAGUGAGUGAUAUUUGGGGUUUAAACAAAUGAGUAAGCUGGUAUUUUUAUUUUUACUCUGUGUUUUGUAACAAAAUGCUUAACAAGGUUAGAGAACAUUUGUUGAGGGAUCCUGGACCACUCCUCCAUGCAACAUGUACAGUUCUUUGAUAUUGUUGUGUUGUUUGAUUGUGGACUGCCUUAUUGUAAACACACCACAACUUGUCAGUGGGGGUUCAGAUCUUGAGACUAGCAUCUGGAGUUUUGAGGUCUGCGUUGAUUUCCGCUUCAGGUGCCUUCACAUUUUGAGGUAGAUACACCAAAUUUGGGUUUUUUCAAAGUGAGCAGUUUUAUCUUGCGAGGGCCAUCGCAAAACGUUGGUUCUGUGUUCCAGCAACCAUUUUUGUCUGGAUUCUCAUGUGUGUUUGGGGUCAUUAUCUUGCUGAAAGGUCCGGCCACGGUCAAAUGUCAGCAUUCCGACAGAGACGGAUUUUAAAAUCUCCAGGAAUUUAAUUGAAUUCUUAACACCAUUGAUUUUUUUUGCAAGAGUUCCUGGACCACUUGGAGCAAAACAGCCCUCAUUUCAAAGGAUUGCUCAUUUUUUAAUGAGCCUAAUCCAUGUCCACAGCUCUCUGGCCUUAAGGACAAAAGGAUUUUACAUGCAACCUCAUAUUUAUAUCAAAGUGUAACAGGACAUCUUUAUAGACAGCAAUAGAGUUCCUACAGGAGUGAAAAUAAGAACCGAAGACACAACUUUUCUUUCAAAUAUUCUUUGGGGAUGCUAAUUAUUUUGCUACAUAUGUUUUUGGAAGAAUACAUUGUUCUUAAAAAAGCAACACCCUUGGAAGUGUUGUAGAUAAAUGGUAAGCAGUUGCUCCAAACAUUUUCGAAGAACAUUUGAUCAUUAUUUAUGUUGGUACUUUGUAAGAUUGUUUUCUUGAGGGGUGCCAGUAACUCUGGAGCUGACUGUACACAAUAAAUUACUGCUUUCGAGUUUCAAGUA